CGCGGAGUGCAGUUAACACCUCGAGCCAACCCCCGCCAGAAGUGCCAGUAUUGUUCAAUUUCCCCAAACUAGCAUGCCCUUCGUCAAGGUUUCCAAGAACAAGGCUUACUUCAAGCGCUACCAAGUCAAGUACCGUCGUCGCCGUGAAGGCAAGACGGACUACCGCGCCCGCAAGCGCCUGAUCACGCAAGACAAGAACAAGUACAACUCGCCCAAGUACCGCCUUGUCGUGCGCAUCACCAACAAGCGCAUCAUCACGCAAAUUGCGUACGCCGAAAUCGACGGCGACAAGAUCUUGUGUUCGGCUUACUCUGACGAACUCAAGCGCUACGGGUUGAAGGCUGGUUUCAAGAACUACGCCGCUGCCUACGCCACGGGUUUGUUGGUCGGCCGCCGCUUGUUGAACAAGCUCGGCUUGGACGGCGACUACGAAGGCAACACGGAAAUUGACGGCACGGUCGUCAAGACUGAAGCCAACGGCCGCACGUACUACGUCGCGGAAGUUGCCGACGAAAAGCGCCCUUUCCGCGCUUUCUUGGACGUGGGUCUCCGCACGACCUCGACGGGUAACCGCGUGUUCGGUGCGUUGAAGGGUGCGACCGAUGCCGGUCUGGACAUCCCCCACAGCGAAAAGCGCUUCCCUGGUUACGACCGCGACGCCAAGUCGUACGACGCUGACGUGCACAAGGAGCGCAUCUUCGGUGAACACAUCGCCAACCACAUGAAGGAGCUGGAAGAAGACGACCCGGAAAUGUUCCAAAAGCACUUCGCCCACUACGUCAAGGCUGGUCUUGGCCCGGAUGAUAUCGAAGAAAUGUACACCGCUGUGCACGAAGCCAUCCGCGCCGACCCGACCGCUGCUCCCAAGAAGGCGUUCACCCCUGAUCUUAAGUACAAGAACAAGGCUAAGCGCAGCUUGCAGCAGCGCAAGGCUCGCGUCGCCCAAAAGAAGGCGCACCAUGCUAAGUUGGCCCAGGCUUAAAUUGCUUGGUUCUCGACACCAUUUAACACGGGGAUUUGACAUCUUUUCAUGCCGAGUACUUGAAAUACUCAACUGCUGGGAAGUGCGAACUAUGUCAACCGCAGCUACCACCUUCCCGCGACGGGAAUCUUGUUACCAAGAUAUGUACGAAGUAGAGAUCAACGUGCAUGAUGGGAUUGUGGUGUACAUGGAAUAGUUUUCAACUCCACGGAUCCAUCAUGACGGUCCCAGUCGUUUGAAAUUCUGAAG